AUGGGGCAGUGUCUGAGGUACCAGAUGCACUGGGAGGAUCUGGAAGAAUACCAGGCCCUGACCUUCCUGACCAGGAACGAAAUUCUAUGCAUCCAUGACACCUUCCUGAAGCUGUGCCCCACAGGCAAGUCCUACAAGGAGGCCACGCUGACCUCAGAGCAGCUCAGCUCCCUGCCAGCCCUAAGGGUCAACCCCUUCCGAGACCGCAUCUGCAGGGUGUUCUCUCACAACGGUGUGUUCUCCUUUGAGGAUGUGCUGGGCAUGGCGUCCGUGUUCAGUGAGCAGGCCUGCCCCAGCCUGAAGAUCGAGUACGCCUUUCGCAUCUAUGAUUUCAAUGAGAAUGGUUUCAUCGACGAGGAAGACCUGCAGAGGAUCAUACUGCGCCUGCUCAACAGUGCUGAUGUAUCUGAGGACCUGCUGAUCGACCUCACGCACCACGUCCUGAAGGAGUCAGAUCUGGACAACGACAACAUGCUAUCCUUCUCUGAGUUUGAGCACGCCAUGGCCAAGUCUCCAGACUUCAUGAACUCCUUCCGGAUCCACUGCUGGGGAUGCUGA